AGAACCCCCCCCCCCCCCCCCCCCCCCCCGCGCUCUCUCUCCUCUCUUUCUCUCUCUAGGGUUCUUCACCGGAAUGUCUUGCCCCGACUGCCUUCACUUCAAAUCAAGACCGUUCAUUUCCCCAGUGAGCUUCUCUUCUUAAUCGAAUCCGUGCCGUCGGCUUCGCUUCUUCGCCGGAAACCAUGAAGAGAAUAGGAGGAGUAGCCGAGAAAAUGCACGUGCUGGAGAUCAACCUGAUCUCCGGUCAGGGCUUGAAAGUCCCGUCCGGGAAGUUACGGCGGAUGAAGACCUACGCAAUCGCCUGGGUCGACUCGGACCACAAGAUCCGGACCCGGGUCGACAAAGUCGGAGCCGAGAACCCGACUUGGAACGACCGGUUCCUCUUCAAGGUCUCCUCCGAAUUCCUCGCCAGGGAGACGUCCGGGAUCACGAUCGAGAUCUACGCCGUCGGUGUCAUCCGCGACCAUCUCGUCGGCACCGUCCGAUUGAUCCUCAGCAACUUUCUUGACCUGGAAUCCAAGAUCCCGUCGUUCACGGCGCUGCAGAUUCGCCGGCCUUCUGGAAGAUUCCACGGCGUGUUGAACGUCGCCGCGUUGGUCAAUCACGAGUCGGAGUGGUCCAAGGAGCUCGACGACGUCUCGGCGAUCGGGUACCAAGAUCUGAUGGGCAAGGGAGAGAGCUUCCGGCGCCGGCGCCGGAGGGACAGCUUGACGAGGUCUACCGAGAAUUUCUCCGGCAGCGAGUCGAGGGAGAAUUCUUGCGCUGAGUCGGUGGAGAACUCCGACUGCGGCGACUCGUUCAAAUCGGCGUCUCCGCCGUAUAAAUCGCCGUCUAAACCGACGUCUCCGGCGGCGGAGAAGAGAGCGCUGAAGGAGGCGAACGGCGUGAGGGAUCUAGCGGCCGGAACCAGGGCUCUGAAGACAGCUGUCGCAUCGGACGGCUCGCGAUUCUUGUGCUGCUUGCUCACGACGCAGAGGAAGGUUCAGUCAUCGUCGGAUAAGAACGCAGAAAGGUGAAAAGGUAAAACUGUAAAAUUUAUUUUACAAAAAAAGAGUGGUGAAAAUGGAGGGAGUGUGAAAUUCUGAUUGAGUUGCGUGGAGGGGCUACGUCGUCGUUUUUGUGGGUUUGAGCAUAUAGCAUUUUGGGUAAAUACUGAAAUUUGUUCGCUGGAGGAGAAGAGCUUUAGUUUCUUCUUGACUCUCAAAUCUCUCUGGAUGGAGAUUCAGGUAGGCACUGGAGAGAAAUCUGCAGCUCCAAAUUGUAUUCCAUAUUUUUAACUUUUUUUUUUUUUUUUUGGUUUCAUUUUUUGUUAUUUUACCUUAAUGCUGCUAUCAUUAAUCAAACCCAAGAUUAGUAUUACCAGUUGGGUAAAUGUUAGAAUGCAAAUAUGCAUGGUGCCUGGAAUUGCCUUACCAGGAGCUUCAA